AUGCAGCAACAGGGAUCUUCAUCUGUAGACCAAGAGAUGGCCAGGUUUUAGAUGGAAUUUUAUUGUUCAAGUUCAUUUUAAAGUAAUUUAACUAGUUAAUAUUUUAUUUGUACAUUUAUGACCAUAAUAAAAGAAAAAAUCAUUUUUAAAUCAUGCAGAUCUUUCCCUGGAUUUUUCUCAAGAAAAAGUUACCUAGGAAAGCGAAAGAUACAGAGUCCAAAGACCUAUAGCACACCAUAUACAAAAACCUGGAGGCCUUUUAGUUUCUAUGUUUACCUGUUAAACAUAAAUUCAGAGACAACCCCAACCUCAUCUGAAGAGUCUGAACUUGCUCAAGCAGGGCUUGGAAAAAGACAUCUCACCAUGUCCAAGGAUAUGAGUCACAAGGAGGUAUUACAGAUUAAACUUUGCUCAAAAUGUCUUAUAUUUAAAACAUGACCCUUUUAUCCUAGUGGUAGGAUAUUCUUCAAGCAUUGAGACAUCAGCUCCUAGUCAUGGCAGGGAGGACAAUAGACAAAAGAACAAUUUCUACCUCCAUCUGCACUCCAUUUGCACUGUUUACUGUGUUAAAAGUUAUUUUAAUUCUAAUUCUAUUUUAAUAUAGGUUUAAUGUAUGUUUAAUGGAUGUAUGUUUUGUAUGCUACUGGAUACUUGAAUUUCCCUCGGGAUAAAUUAAGUGUAUCUAUCUAUCUAUCUAUCUAUCAUCACUUAGUUAUGUUCUCUUAGUUCUUUCGACUACUGCAAAAUGAGUACCCUAAGAUGCAGGGAGUGACAGGUGGAUGGCUGCUCUACAAGGCUACAGGUGGUCAGGGUAAAAGGAGACUAAUAAUGAUUCCUCCAGACUCUGAUGGAUACACCGGAACUCUUCUUCGCAGUGUCACAGGGGCAGGGAAGAACACCCUGUAUAUUGUGCCUUUGCAGCAUGAGUUUGACCUAACUCCACUACCUCCAGAUGCCAUUGAAUUCCAAAGUAUGCCAAAAGCACAAUGUCAAACUUGCAAAGUGAGUUUUCCUUUGCACAUUUUGGCCCUUCAUGUUCAGGAGUGCAUGGAGUCUCAGUCAGCAGGAGAGGAUAUUGAGACAUGUGAAAACGACAUCCAGAUAGUUUCAAUGACAGCCCCCCCUGUACACCAUGACACCAAGACAUCUUUUGAAGAGAAAGUUCCAUGUCCUAUCUGUUUCUUGAAAUUUACACCACAGUUUGUAGAGAUCCAUGCUAGCAUGUGUGGAGAAAGAGAAAAGGACAAUCUUAAGAUGACUGAGACACCUGCUGCGAGCCAGAACAAUGGAGAGGAGCACAUCAAAAGGACUGUUGGAGAGAUUUUGGCAGUAAGUUUGGCACAAGGUGGCCCGGCCCCUGCCUUUUUCAGCCCAUGGACUUACAGUUACCUCUGUAGUGGCCAGAUAAACCCGGCGACUCUCAAUACCGAAGCAGUUGCAGAUGUCCAGUUGCGAGAGUUAAUUGAGCAGGUUGAAAUGUCAACUGAACAUUCAAUUGAAGGCCUUUCUGAUGAAAUCAUAAAUUGUGGAUAUACUGGAGCUAUCUCAGUGCAAAACAAGGAGUCCAUUGUUCGUGCCAUUGUACUCCAUGCAGUGCUGAGGCUGCAGCCUAUAUUGGAACAACUGAGAGAAGGCCUGCAGCUGUAUGACCUUCUUUCGCUAAUAAGGCAGUACCCAGAUAUCUGCCAGCCCCUGUUUGUUCCCGGUGAAGAUGUAAAAGUUAAUGCAGAGUUUGUCAUGGCAUCCAUUCUUCCUCAACUGAGUGACAAAGGGACUUCCAGGCAUCAGAUUGAGCUGGAGAUGAUCAACUUUAUUCAGGACUUCCUUUAUGAAGCUGAAGCUAAAGACCAGGUAGAUGACCAAGAUGGCCUACAUUCCAUCACACCUGCCAGGUUGCUCCAGUGGAUCACAGGCCAAGGUCACAUCCCACUUCUUCCCUCAGAGAAGAAGGAUUUUGCUGUAACAAUCAAGUUUAACCAUGACUGUAGUGCAGACUUUGGCCAUCACAGUGUGUGUUACCCCGUUGUGUCAGCAUGUGCCAAGAAUAUUGUACUACCUGUAAAACAUAUGAGGCCUUAUGACCAAUUCAAAAAGGUUCUAACUGAGGCUUUUCAUCUGGGCCAACAGUUUAAUAUGGUGUAAAUAUUUACCAUCAACUGAUGGUACCUUUUUCUAGGUUGAACUACAACCUACAGUAAAUGAUAAAUGU